GUCCGAAAUCCCGAAACGUAACAAGACUUGCCUCCUCCACUCAUUCCCUCCAUGGCGGAGAAGGAUGCUACCGUCCGUCUCCGCCGCGCAGUCAAAGAGAACAAUCUCUUCAUCGUCAAGCGCCUCAUCCAAAGGACGGACAUGCGAAACCCCGACCCUGCUCCUCGUCGCUACACCUCGCUCGCUUGGGCGGCAGUGCUCGGCCAUGAGGAAACAUUCGAGUACCUGAUGUCCUCCGGACACGAUGACGCUGAACUCAGCAAGGAUUCGGAGAAUAACACCAUCCUCAUGAUUCUUGCCGACCAGAACUCCUCUUCUUCUCGACCGAAUAGUGCCGAAUUUAUGGGCGCUGCACUUCGAAUGGCUCGAAUGUACUACGACCGCUACCCGGACAUCCUCGAUUGGUCCAACGUGCAUGGGCGGACGGCGCUUCACACUGCAGCUCUCAAAGGACACGAAGAGCUGGCCAGGAUGCUCUGUGACUUUGGGGCGGACGUUGAUCUUUCGGACAAUAAGGGGAACACCCCAUUACACUACGCAAGUUCUUGGGGCCAUAUUGCCAUCGUACAGCUCCUUGUUGAGCGAGGUUGUCUGCAUGCAGCAAAGAACAACGAUGGGUUCACCGCUUCAGACUACGCCUACUCAUUCAGCACUAAAGAUACCCUGCAAGACACAGUCCGAUUGCAAUUCGAAAAUAACAAAAAGACCCGACGCGCGAUCUUUGCCCAGGCUGCAGCGCGUGCCAAUGGACAUACCAUACCGACACCAACUCAGCUGAAGGCGAGGGAUGUGAUACAAUCGCCGACACGGAUGCGAAGUGGUUCCGGGACGAGUCGGACCACGACAACUUCGGACAGCGGCGAAGUUGACAGUAAUGGCUUGGCACCAGGCAAUCGAAGCCAGUCAUCAUCUUCGUCGCCAUCGAAUGGACCGCAUCCGUAUCUCCUUCCUCAUGCUCCAUCGUCAAGCAAUGGGACAUAUUCCACCACAUCACCUUCCAAAAUGCGCGGAAACUCUCCAUUCAGCCAGCCACCGCCCGCGUCCACUCAAUCGCCGGUUUUGUCUCGGAUGCGAGAGAGAGAUGCAGAAGAAAGAGAGAAAUAUUACCGCACACGGUCUGGAAGCCAAGGAACCGCUUCGACAUCCAACGCCGAUAACAAUCACAGAAUGGUUCUUUCUUUUCUCCGGGACCCAUUGCGGAAGAAGAUGCUUCUCGUGUGGAGGGCAGUGGAUCUGUGACGCCCCGGCGACUGCGGCCAUCCGCGUCGGCUGCUCAGUUGCGAACACAUCCGGAGGCGCUCAACAUCAUCACUGCCGUCCCUUCAUCUACAGAGAGCCGGGUGCGUUCUGGGACGAAUCCGUUACCGACGCUUGGCCGCUCUUCUUCCAUAUCUAAUUCUCCGAGGACGAUCAACAGUGGCGAUCGAACGCUCUUCGAAGACUCGGAGAAUUACACUGGGCCGCCAAGCCAAUACGCGCAGUUUCCCGAACCGCCGCUUGCACAUCCCGAUGACAGCAGUACGCCAACUGCGGGACGGCGGCUGGCAUUUCAUCUACUUAACAAGCCGCCGUCUAGCGCAGACCCCCCGAAUCAUAGACGGGGUCUGUCAGCCACUUCAGUCCGCAGUCCCUGACCAUGUAACUCUAGUCUAUCUUUAUUACCCGCUUCCAUCCACCUGCUUUGUGUUGUUCACAUUGUACUACUUCUCCUUCAGUAUUUAUGUAUUUGCUACACCAGUGUAUACAUAUUACAUUCCAUAUAGCAUUUUCUCAUCUCCGGGGCCCGUUCAACCGGGUUCACCAACGUCGCCUGAAAGUCGGCCUAGUUGGACAGAUAUGGACUCGGACACGUGCUCAGAUCGCCUAAUUCCUCACCUGCUUGGAACGCGCUACCAUACAUAAGGCUGUCUCGCCUGGCGGAGCUUGCGUCCUUCCUACUAUGAUUCCUCCCGUCGCAGACCAAGAAGAUCCGACGACCCAGGUUCCCUGGCCGACUCGAUCCAAGCCCGGCGCGGCGCCAGCAGAAGGGGUUUCCCCUGAUGCAGUUCCUUCAGGGACCGAAUCCCCUGCCCCGGAGGACAGCACGAACACGAACGCUAGCAAGAACUCGGCGUCGGCCAAGCGACGACUGACGACGUGGAACCUCAUCACGCUGAGCAUUGCGAUGUGUGGGGCGCAGAUUGCGUGGACCGUGGAACUGGGCUACGGCACUCCGUUCCUCCUCAGCCUCGGUAUCUCGGAGCAGGUGACCUCAUUGGUGUGGCUAGCCGGGCCCAUCAGUGGAUUGAUUGCCCAGCCUGUCAUCGGCGCCAUCUCAGACUCGUCGACUUCAAAGUACCGGCGCCGGUUCUGGAUCGUGCUCUCCACGGUCGGACUGGUCGUCUCCACGUUCAUCCUCGCGUACUGUGAGGCGAUAGCUGCCUUCGUCAUCGACGCGUUCGACGUCGGCGAUGGAGACUGGGACAGCAAGCGCAAGCGUUGGGUCGCGAAUACAGCUAUCGGAAUCGCUGUGUUCUGCUUUUACAUCCUCGAUUUCGCACUGAACGCGCUGCAAGCUUCGCUGAGAAAUCUGCUGCUCGACGUCGCUCCUGCUGCCCAAUUGAACUCUGGCAAUGCGUGGCACGGGAGGAUGACCAAUGCCGGGAACAUCAUAGGCUUCGGCUUCGGGUUCCUUCCCUUGGCUGACUUCCUCUGAUUCGUUUGCUGGGUGGUACCCAGUUCCGCAAAUUCUGUGUGAUCUGCGUUAUCAUCCUUGUGGUCACUGUCUGGAUAACCUGUUAUUGCCAUGAAGAGCAGGAGAGGAAAGACGUACAGAAGUCGAAGGGAACGGCGAAAGAGGUUUUCGAGAAUGUCAAGACCGCGAUCGUCAAUCUGCCUCGACCGAUCAGACGUGUCUGCUACGUGCAACUGUUUGCGUUUAUGGGAUGGUUCCCAUUCCUUUUCUAUGCGACGACCUAUGUGGGCCAAGUGAUGGCCCAGCAGCUGGAUGCAGAGCCCGAUCUCGAUCUUGCCACUCGGAAGGGAGAGUUGGCCAUGUUGUUCUACAGUAUCGUUGCUGUUGUGUCGGGCACCAUCCUGCCGCAUUUGGCGAACAGAGAUCGGCGGCUGAUGGCGCAUCAAGGAGAUGAUGAUGCGGACGCUGAGUUGCUUCGUAUCCAGGAGACUGUCCGACAGUGGAAGGUGGAUGCUGCCCGACGAGGCCGGCCGCUCAAGCUCCCUGUUAUGCCUUUCCUGCUGCGGAAUAUCUGGACUGGUGCUUUGCUGCUGUUCACGGUGUUGACUUUAUCCACGUUCUUCGUCAAGACUGUUGCUCAAGCGACGGUGUUCAUCAGUCUGAUCGGAAUUUGCUGGUCAGUGGCUAUGUGGGCUCCGUUUGCAAUCAUCAUGGAGCUAUUGAAAGACUUGUCAUCUCCGCCGCCGUUACAGCGCCGGCCAUCGCACAGUCGAACUGUGUCUGGGCCGGCAGCUUUCAUUCGUAGACACGACGACGAGCGCCAGCCGUUGCUGUUGGCGCGUCGGAGAUCGGUUGAUGCCCUCGACGUCACUGUCGACGACGACGAAGUCCCCGCUGCGGCCCGCGUUGCCGGCGGGACCAUUCUCGGGGUGCACAACCUUGCCAUUGUCGCGCCGCAAUUCAUCGUGGCGAUCAUGACUAGCAUCAUCUUCCGAUUGGCCGAUGGCCCAGCUGAGGCUCCCGGAGAAGACUCGACGUAUUACGGCAAGAACGGCGUUGCGUGGAUCCUCCGCUUCGGAGGACUCUGCACGCUUUUCGGGGCGAUGCUGGCCCGCAAGGUGGCCCCGACGCCCACAGAAAAGGCGAUGAGAAGGCGGCUGGGAGAGAUGAUGCUCCUGCGCGAGGAAGCGCAUCUGUAAGUGCACGGGAUUCGGAAAUGGACAAUUUUUGGUUGUAAGGGUCGAUAUUCAUCAUUUUUCAUGUCACAAUACAUAGUGCGUAAUCCCAGUUGUCCCUGUUUCGAGUCGCG